UGUGUGAUUUGAAAAUUCAAUUGCAAAAUGACGUCAUUUGACCAGGAGUCUGGCGGACGCUUUUGAAUGCACCGCACAUGGACAUUGUCGUUGAGCUUCACUCAGACGAGACUGGUGAUUGUUUUGGAAAUGCUGCCGAUGAUCGCCGUCUUGUGGAUGGCCACGGUUUUGCAGGGUCGAGUGACUGACGGCCAGUGGACGCAGAGGAAAACGGCCAUUUUAGAUGGGGACAUGACGAUCGGCUACCUGUUUUCGAUGCACGAGCAACCCGACCAGAAAUCGGCGCACAUGAGGACCUGCGGACGCAUCUGGGAAGAGUACGGCAUUCAACGGGCCGAAGCGACUUUCCAGACGAUCGAGCGGAUCAACGCCGACCCGACUAUCCUUCCGGGCAUCCGCUUGGGCGUCGAGAUCCGCGACGACUGCUGGUACGCUCCCGUAGCGCUGGAACAGACGUUGGAAUUCAUCCGAGACGCUGUUGCCGCAUCGCCGGCGGCCGCCACGACCACGUCCAGCGGCUACAGCCAUUACCAAACGAUGACAUCACCAGCGCCACCUGUGCAUCCGUCAGCUUGUUCUAAGAAGAACAAAGAAUCCUGUUCAACAACAACAACGAACAACAAGCGUCGCAAAGUUCUUGUGGGCGUCAUAGGGCCGGGCUCGAGCGCCGUCAGCAUCCAAGUGCAGAAUCUCUUGCAGCUGUUCCACAUUCCGCAGAUUGGCUACAGCGCCACCAGUCGCGACCUCAGCGACAAGAACCGAUUCCGCUAUUUCCUCCGCGUCGUCCCGCCCGACGAGCUCCAGGCAAGGGCUAUGCUCCAGAUCGUUCAAAAGUACAACUGGACCUACGUCUCGGCCGUCAGCACGGAAGGAAGUUACGGGCAGAGCGGCCUGCAGGUCUUCCGCGAAUACGCCGAUAGAGAGGGCAUCUGCAUCGCCAAAGAAUAUUCGAUUUUGAGCAACGACGCCGACGGCGAGUACGACCGGCUCAUGACGCGAAUACUCGAAGAGCCAAAAGCCCGUGUUAUCGUCUGUUUCUGCGAGGGCGAAACGGUCAAUGCCAUAUUGAAGGCCAUCAGGCGGUUCAAUCACACGGGUCACUUCCUCCUCGUCGGCAGCGAUGGAUGGGCUGACCGGUUAGACGUCGUGCAAGGCUACGAAGCCGAGGCAGAAGGAGGGAUAUCCAUACGAAUCCAUUCUCCACCGGUAGCUUCGUUCGAUCGCGAUUACUUUGCACUGAAACCGGACGCGGCCACCAGAGCCAGGAACCCUUGGUUCCAGGAAUUCUGGGAGCACCGGUUCGAUUGCGUUUUACCGGACUCCAGUGCGCCUAUUACUACCACGGCGGCUGCCAACCGUUCGUUGCGUCCCGUUCAAGUGGCAGGUAACGCCAAGAAAUUAUGCACGGGAGAAGAGAGCCUUCGAGGCAGGUACAAACAAGACACGAAGAUGGGCUUCGUUAUCAAAGCGACGAUGGCCAUGGCCUGGGCGUUGCAUCACCUGCAACAGAGCGUGUGCGGAACGAACAGUUCGGGCAUGUGUCCAGACAUGUUGCCCAUCGACGGAUCUCUGUUGAGGGAUCAUUUGUUGAAUGUCAGUUUCCCUUACGGCACGGAGACGGUGCAGUUUGAUUCGAACGGCAAUCCGCCCGGAUGGUACGACAUCAUGAAUUACCAACGUCACGAGUUGAAUGUGUCAUCGAGCAAUCAUAGCGUGGUGCAACAGUACGGCUACGCCCAGAUCGGCAGCUGGAAAAACGGGACGCUGGACAUGCCCGAUUGGCCGGCAAAGAUGGUCACGUCCGUCUGUUCGGAGCCGUGCCAAAACGGCCAAAUCAAGAUUAUUCAGAAAGAGUUGAGCUGUUGCUGGCAGUGCGUUCCGUGCGAGCCUCACCAGCGCGUCCUCAACGAGACGGCCUGCCAGGAUUGCCAGUGGGGAUACUGGCCCGAUUUGCUCACCAACGAGUGCAAAGAAAUUACGGCCGAGUUGAACAAGUGGAGCGACUCGCAAUCGAUCGUCGCCGUGACGCUGUCGGUCGUCGGCCUAUUGGCGACGCUGGCCACUGCCGCCGUCUUCGCCUGGCACAACAACACGCCGGUGGUCAAAGCCUCCACCAGGGAAUUGACGUACAUUAUCCUAGUCGGCAUGGCCCUCUGCUACCUGACCACCUUCCCCCUAUUGGCCGUGCCGUCCAAGCUGAGCUGCACGCUGUCGCGCAUCCUGCCCGGCUUCAGUUUCUCGCUCAUCUUCGCCGCCCUGCUGACCAAGACGAACAGGAUCGCUCGCAUCUUGGCCGGCAGUAAGAAACGAAUUUGCACGCGCAAAUCACGAUGGCUAUCGCUCACCGCUCAGAUUUUAAUAACGAUGACCAUGAUUGGAGUUGAAGUGAUGCUCAUCGUCUCGAUGCUCAUCAUGGAACCGGCCGACGCCGUCAAAUUCUUCCCGUCUCGAUCGCGCGUCCUCGUCAUUUGCAACACGACGACGCGCGGUCUCAUCGCUCCGCUCGGAUUCGAUUUCUUCCUCAUCGGCAUGUGCACCGUCUACGCCGUCAAGACGCGCAACUUGCCAGAGAAUUUCAACGAGGCCAAAUUCAUCGGCUUCGCCAUGUACACGACCUGCGUCAUCUGGGUCGCCUUCGUCCCCAUUUAUUUCAGCGGCAACGAGUCCAAGACGAUCACGCUCUGCAUGUGCGUCUCCCUCAGCGCCGUCGUCACGCUCAUUUUACUCUUCGGACCGAAACUCUACAUCAUCAUCUGCAAACCGGAGAAGAACAACCGGUCGGCUUUCACCACGUCCGCCGACCUGCGCAUCCACAUCGUCGGCGGGACGCAGAUGAAGUACAACGCGAACCAGUCGAGCGCGUUCAGCAGCUCGAGCAAUCACGCUACUCAAUCUACAAAUCGUGGCAGCUCAAUUACAAAUCACGAUCAAAGCUGGGGAGAUGGACCGCAACGCGGGAAUGUCAGCCGAGUGACAUCGAAUCGCUUAACAAACGACAGUAGCACUAAAUCGAUGCAUCACGGUCUUCCGGCUGAUCAAGCGCCAGGUACGAACGCAGAUAGCAAAAGUAGGACGAACAUGACGUUCCUGCGUCGGGCCUUUGGCAGUCAAUUGGAUCUAGUUGCAGAUUCCAGUAGUUUGAAAAUGAGCAACAGUUCGAGGCCGUUGCUGGAAGGCAAGCAACAGCUGCGUUCAGUUGAGGUCCAAACGGACGAUCUGUACCUCAUCACAUCGGCUUUUCCAUCGCAAUUAAGGAGGACGAAUGUAAGCGAAAGUAGCGACAGCGAGGACGAGCACGAUGCGCUGAUGGGUGGCAGGUCGGUCAGUCCCAGCAGUUGGCCUCAUCGCCGAUGGGCCAGCAUCACGGAGAAGCAAGUGCCCGACGAAGAGGAUGCAGCCGACAUCAUCAUCAACCUCGGCGUUAAUAAGAGCAGCGUGUCCCUUGCUCACAACGUGCAGCAUUUAGCCAAUCCACGAUUAAACGAUUGUCCGGCCGUUGGCUUCCGACUGAGCCAAUCGGCCGCUUCGUCCAUCGUUCGGCUCGAUGCAGACGCUUGGUCGGAUAGUAACGAAGCCUAUUACAGGCUCCAGUCACUGGGCAUAAUCGUCUGUAAGACUCCAAGCUCGACCGACAUCCUUUAGCACAUUUGCUUUGUCUUUUAUCGUAUAUAUUUUAAGGAAUAUCUUCCAUGAAUGUCAUUGUUUUUUUUUGUUUUUUUUCCGGUUUCGUGUAACAGGCUCAAAUCAAUAACAAUUUGUUGUUUUUUUUUUUUUCAAAGUAUACAAGAAUUACACCAUUCCAGUUAAAUGAACAUGUUGCAAUACUGCGAACCGAAUUUUUGUGCUGUAU